CAUAAUCAACGGCUUCGCCUUGCCGCUGAAAGCGGAACACAAGCAGUUCCUGGUGAAGGUGUUGCUACCGCUACAUAAGGUCAAGGUGUUAUCGCUGUACCACGCCCAGCUCGCGUACUGCGUGGUGCAGUUCCUGGAAAAAGACGCCUCGCUGACGGAACCUGUGGUACGUGGGCUGCUCAAGUUCUGGCCAAAGACCUGCUCCCAGAAGGAGGUGAUGUUCCUCGGCGAGAUCGAGGAAAUCCUGGACGUGAUCGAACCGCCACAGUUCGUCAAAAUUCAGGAACCCCUGUUCCGGCAAAUCUCCAAGUGUGUCUCGAGUCCGCACUUUCAGGUCGCCGAACGAGCGCUUUAUUUCUGGAAUAAUGAGUACGCGAUGUCGCUGAUCGAGGACAACAACGCCGUCAUCAUGCCGAUCAUGUUCCCAGCCCUGUACCGAAUUAGCAAAGAGCACUGGAACCAGACGAUCGUGGCCCUCGUCUACAAUGUGCUGAAAACGUUUAUGGAGAUGAACUCCAAACUGUUCGACGAACUGACAGCCAGCUACAAGGCGGAGCGACAGAAAGAGAAAAAACGGGAACGAGAACGGGAAGAACUAUGGAAAAGGCUGCAUGAGCUCGAGAGUGCCCGCCGACCCGACGGUGUCGGGGGUGUGAUAGCGGACGGACCCGGCGGUUCCUCCUUGGCGGCCGGUCCCGGGUCGUCGCUAAAUCCCAACGCGCUAUCAUCCGCCACAUCCACAUCGUCGUCCUCGUCGCCGUCGUCCGUAACAUCCGCUAGCAAUUUGGCCGGGGCCGGCGGUGCCUCGUCGCAACCACCGCCCCCGGGCUCGAUUACCAGUCACCAGCCUGCAUCCACCUCCACCACGACUCCCAAUGCCGCCACCAACAAUACCGCCGCAGCGCCGCUGAGCAAGUGAUGUACUGAAUAAUAUUAUUUUUAAAAUCGUCCCCUUUCCUAAUUAAAAACCAGACACAUACAUACAGAAAAUACACACACAUACAUACACACAUUCUGGCUAUGCUCCACCCUGCUUCACCCCACCAAAGGGUGUACGUUACUUCCUCUCCACAAGAAAGCUCUCCAUCUCUGAAUGCUCCGCCCUUUUUCUUUCAUGCGCACACCACCUUCACCACCACCACCAUCAAAUUCUAUUGUACUACACUCAUCAUUCAUCACAUACACACACAAAUACACACUCGAAUCGGUUUUCGCCUUUUUGUUGAACGUUGCAACUGGUAACACCCUCAAAAUCGCCAGUGUGAGGCCAAUCAAGAAUGUUUGAUAGUUUGUAAUUAAAGGAAAAGCCGAGAAAGAUCGGAAACAGUGUGGACAAACUUUAACCAAAAAAAAAGGAAAAAUAAUGUGUUUGCUAUCUUGGUACGGGAAAAACAGAGUUCGAAUCAAUCCUUUUAUAGAACGAAACAGUAGCACUUUGGCUGACUUUUCAACAAGCGAAUGAAUGGGAAACGAUGAGUUUUAUUAAUCAAUGAAUGAGAUAAAAACGCCCGAAAAAGAUCACACACAAACACAACAUAGAUAUUAGCGCAAUCAAGGCUAAUGAUCACUCAAACGGAAACAAGGUAUAGAAAACCAGAAAAAAACAAUAGAACACAGCAGCAUUCUUUGGCACGCGUGAGCGCGGUAAUAAUGGUGACUUUGGGUGUUUUUUCGCUAGUUCUGUUCUCUUCGUCAUGAGAGGGUUUGGUCAGUAAAAGUCCGGAAAUUUGUGCAGUUUGCUAGGGACAGUUUUGAGACCAAUUGUUAGUUCAACAGGUUCAGGAAAAUAUCCCAUGACGAAGAGAACAUAAAUGUCGAAAAUAUGUUACCCUACAUAGAAUAAACGACGCAUUAUACUCAAACGAUAACCGAAGUGUCAACAACAGUUCUAGUAAUUGAAUCAAAGUUUUCGUUUCGUAGGCACCAGCAAGGGUCAAUAUGGCGCCAGAAAAUAAUGACAGAAGAGGAUAAAAAUCCAUUUUAGGCUAUUUUAGGGUCAUUUACAGAAAUUACACACAGAAGGGAUACACAUUGUCAAUAGUAUGAGGUCCAACGACAGCCAUAAACUAGGAAAACGAAACAAAAAACAACAGCCAAGUCGUCUCAUUUUCAACCAACACACAGUUGUACACCAUAACUCACUAUCUAUCAUGUCCAUACGAAAAGAACAUUGCUACAACUAUAAUACAUUCCUUUGUUCUGCAUUGCUUGUGUUUCGCCUACAAGACGGUCGUUUAACCCUGGCUCGACAGUUACCCGACGUCUCCGUGGACCGCAUGUUGAAUAUUUCUGUAAUGUUGUUUUUUUUUUCUUUUUGACAGCUAAAUGGCAAGACAUUUCUGUCUAGUUGAGACUUGGAGUGGUUUGAGACGGAAUUGGAACAUCUGGUAUGAGACCAUUUGGCGUCCUUCUGUUUAUGCCAAAUGUCCGUUAUUCCGAAUAGCCAUAACAGUUCUAUGUGCCAAGUGAUCUUCUGACAAAUUACUUUUUUUUUGCAAAAUGACUUAUCCCGUGUUAGACAGUUCCAUUCGUGUUUUAUGGUGAGAAUUCUUCAACUUGAAGAACUUAAUUAACACGACACAAAGAGAACAAAGAGCCAGAAAGUAGAAGAAGAUUUGUACGACAACUAACUCUCACUUCAUACGAGUCAAUUUGUUUUGCGCCAUUUCAUUCGAAAAUAAGCUUAAUUUGUUGAUUUACCUAGGUACCUAAAUAAACUUAUUUCAUGAGUAGCCAGAUGUAAGACAGCUCAGUUUCACAUGGAGAAAACAUGGUUUGAACUUAUUUAAUGAGUGAAGUAUAGUGAGGCGAGUUUAGUCCUGCAAGUAGCACUUCACUCGAAUAGGGUUCCUCAUCAUUAUCCGUUGAUAAAAGCUGAGUAUCUAUGUUGUGUGACAGUUAUUUAAGACAAGAUUCGCCACUCGAAUAUUGUUGAUUUGUUUCACCUCACCUCACCCAAGGAACAUGCAUAAAUGAGACAAAUCGUCGUAUUAAUCAAAUGGAGCCACCUCAUUCGAGUCGAGAUUUCUCACCACGACAUGCGAGUCGAGCUGCGUAACGUCAGUCCACUUCUAGAAUGAGCACAAUUGAGUUGAGAAACCUCGACUCGGAACCUCUAGAUUUCUCACCUCGAUGUACGAGUUCAGCUGCUUUACGUCACUAUGAGCACAAAAAAACUAAAGUACUUUUCUAGAAAUAUUGUACGAACUCAUGGUUUUUUCAAUGAAGUUUUGAAAAAAAAAUGGCUAGAUUGAGCUGCAGGUUUGAUGAAAAUUCUGACAAGAGAAAAACUAAUGGCAUUUGGGCUUGAGUAAGGCUCCGGCGCACAUAUAAGUGAGCAGUGAAUAAUGAUAAGUGAGUUGAUGGCCAGUCUCCAGAUGGCUUCAAUAUAUGUAUGGUUUGAUAGAAUUCCUCAAUAUAUUGAGGCCAUGUGAAAACGACACCAUAACAUUGAUGAAAAUGAUGUGGAAAUCAGAGAAAGCGGGUCCUACUUGAUCAUGGUACCGUCUUACCCCGUUUAUUCGACACGUUUUAAUACGACACUUUUUAAUUCGUACCCCGCUUUUACGACAUAUGUCGAAUUAAAAAGUGUUCAAACGUCGCAGCCAUGUACACUGUAAGUGCAAAACAGUUUGAUAUUGCGCUUAUACACGUACCCACUGCAGCUCCUCUUGCAGCCGCUACUUUCGGAAGUUCUGAAUUGGUGCUAUUCGACACCCAAACCACCUGAGGACCAACUGCGGAAGGCAACAAUUGUAGAAAGAGCGAGCUUUUCCUUCGCACCACCACAAUAUUUGAUGAAAUUGUAGUCCAUAACAAAGUCGGAAAUCAAAACAAAAACAAAACUAGAGUUGCCAAAUUUCAAUAAUCAAGGUGAUGUAGGGUGACCAGUUUGUCGAAUUAAAAGUUUACCCCGGUUAUACGACAACAGUCGCUAUCGAAUUAGCGGGGUAAUAUGGUAUAAGAAAUGUUCGACUUUUGUGGGUGUUCGACAGUGUGGAUGAACCCGGCUUAGACUCUUAGAAAUUAUUGACAAUACGAGUAUGUCAAUUGCGGACCCUACACGAACAUUAAUACUUCAAAUAUAUCAGCACUUUUUGUCGGAACUUUCAUCAAGUCAUGGUUGUUUCAAUGUAUGUUUGAAUAAUGUUUCGAUUGAGUUGAAGGUUUGAUAACUAUCCAGACGAAAGUUAUUGAUAUUAAUGCUCGUGUUGGGUUCGCUAAUCAUGUUGUCAUCUUUUCUAUCACAUUUCGACCGCGCUAGCCGAGAGCCGCCGAUACGAAGCAUGAUCUUGAUUUUUUUUUUAUCUGUAUUAACGAGAUUUUUAGCCCUAGGCUAGUUCAUCUCGGGACCCACGCUUUACUUCCCUUCCGAAGGAAGAACUCGCAUUUUGCGAGUAUGUUGGGAGUGGGAUUCGAUCCCAGGUCCUCGGCGUGAUAGUCAAGUGUUCUAACCAUCACACCAGGCCCGCUCCACUAUAAUCUUGAUGACUGUAUCAUACAUUUCGGUUUUUUAGAUAUCAAAGCAAUUUUUGCUCAUUAUCGUUUUUCCCAAUUUCGUUGCCAAUUGGUCAACGACGAGCAAAAAAAGAAAAAAAAACGUGAACUGUUUGUCGUUCUUAAAUUUCGCAUUCCUUGGCUCACCUUGACGAGCGAGGCCGCUUUUACAUUACUCGGAAUCGAGCAGUGUGAAUGGAACCAAACCAAGAUUAUUGUGUAUGUUUGAAUCGAUUGAGCACUCUAGAUUGGAGCGUAUUUCACUGAGGGAAUACUGGGAGUGCUUUACAGGCCACAUUGAACGAAUAGUCUCUUAGGCCACCAGUAAAAAUUAAAUGAUGAUCAGAGGAAAGAGAUAAAAUUCACUUCUAUGCAUAGUGUAUAGCCGCCUUCUGAAAUUUUUCAGCGACGCUUCAUUGCCGCCAUAGGGUAGAAGCUUCAGUUUUGGCCAGUCCGGAGUUUUGGCCAUAGUGCGGUAUUGAGCCUGUUGCGAUCUAAAUCGGCGUAAAUUUAUUUUUUACUAGUAGAUCCUAAUACAAUAUGAUGAUUACAGCUGUGAAAACCACACAUUUUGAUUAAAAACUGGAAGAAAAAAAUAUAUUUCCUUAAAAAAUCUGCUCCCAUAUAUCUAUUUUGGCCAGGGUGCUUCUAAUUUGGCCACUCCCAUAAGAAAUACACGUGAUUGGCCAAAAUAGAAACCAAACUUAAGAAUAUGGCCAAAACUGCGGCAGAGCUUCUAUUUUGGCCAGUGCCACUUUUAAUACAAAAAUCAAGUAUUGGCAUGAUUUCUGCAUUUUUCCUUCAAAAUAUAGAUUGAAACCUUUCUUUUGACGCAUUGGUUGUUUUCAUAGGAUUAUUGGUUAUUUUUAUAAAAAUGAAUUCCCUUAGACUGGCCAAAACCGGUGCCCGCACCCUAAUUAAAACGCCAAAUCCAGUGGCAGGGAUGGAAACACUCACUUGUACUCAGAUACACUCAUUUGCUAUUCUCUCAGCUCAGAAGUCUGCAAUCAAGAAACAAUGUAUGGAGGAGUUUUACUUUGCAGUUUUAUCUAAACCUUCAUACACUGUUUUUUUUGUUUGCAGGCUUCUGAGCUGCGAUAAUAGCAAGUUAGUGUAUCUGAGCACAAGUUACUGUUUUCAUCCCUGUCCAGUAGAAUGAUUUGUGAUUGACCUAUCUGUGACAAACUUUCUGUCGCUGUUGACGUGACCGAACUUGCUUACAAAAUCUGUUGAUAUAUGAUCCAAAUGGAGCGAAUCUGGUAUUGCUCGGAUUUCUUGCUUCAUGUUCAGAUAACAAACAACAGUGGAAUUGUAGAAGUCUGCGAAGCAACCACAAUUGACGACAUUAGAAGAAGGGUUAACCUCCAAAGUCUCAAGUGAGAGUGGUGGCAGCAUGCGAAAAACGAGCGAGCGAGCAAACGACAGUAGUUCAUUGUCAAGCCAAUAUGUAGGUUCACACACAUUCACAUGCACAUCUCUCUCGCUAAAUUGUACACUCAAGAGAAAUCUUCAUGAAGAUUUUUCGGAAGAUUUGUGCUGGCACACACAUACAUCAUACACAUUCAUUUGUUGUAGGUAUAUCAAAAUUAUAGUUAUUAUUAUUGCUAGCACACAGAUUUACAUACAUAUGCAAACACACAUACACAUACACACACGCAUGAUAGAAUGAAUAGAAUCGGAUGUAGUAGAGGAAGGUGAGUAGUGUGCGCGUGAGUGCGGAACUAGAACAAGGGGAGUUUUACAAAGUCAAGCAAAAGUAGCGUUCACAGAAAAGUGGUUUUUCAAUGGCGAAAAACAUGAUCAACAUACAUACAGUCAUACUCAUCGAGAUUUGAAUCCAUAUUCAUCAUGCACACAUACACACAUCCACCAUUCGAUUGAUCGUCGAAAAUGGAAGAUCGUAGAGAAACAAAAAAACAACCUGUCGUUCUGAACUACUUGCAUCGGAAACAAAGCGAGUCAGCGAACUAUUUUUCCUUUCGUUUUACGUGCGCGCGUCUGCUUUGUUCUAUAUGGAAUCAUAUACAUCAAGUAUAAAUAUUUAGGCAUGUAAAUGUAUCAAAUUAGUGUAUGCGUGAGCGUGUGGCAGUGUAUGAGUGUAGCAACCAAGCAUGUGACAGUUGGACAAAAACACCCACACAGACACAAUCAUACUUUGUUGCUGCGGCUAUGUGUGUGCGUGAGAGCGCGCGCGUUCACCAAAACAGUUAAGGGAUAAAGAGUGAGAGUGAAUGAGCGUGUGUGUGUGUGUGUGUGUGUGCGUGUGAGUGAGCGAGCGCAUUUGCAACAGCGCUAUGUUUUUUAGUGUUAGGCGAACAAAACAAAACAUCUUAGGCGAAAAAUUAAAAAAAAAAACACUUUGUGUUAGUGUGAUUGAACAAAAUAAAAAAAAAAAAACAAAGAAAACAAACGCUAUAAAUCACCUGUGGAAGAACUUAGGCAGCCGCAACUAUUGCUAAUACAAUUAAACAAAGAACUGUGCUUCAAACUAUCUAGAGAGGAAUGGAAAACAAAAAAGUCCUGCAAGUAAGUAAAAAAAAAACAGGAUUAGCCUACUAAACAAAAAAUGAGAAAAAAAUGUGCAACAGAAAAAAAACAAGGAGUUGAAAGGAUACACUUACCUAGAGCAUGUGACAAAACAAAUAGGUAAAACAUAAGGCAUGCGAUUAACCUCCAAGAACAAACAAAAAGCAAAUCAGUCAGAAGUUGUAACGAACUCACCACACAUGCAUACACACUCAGUCAAAUUGUAGCAACACACAGACACACACACACACACACAACCCUAGUCCAAAAUCAAAGUCGGAAAGUAACAAAGAGUAUGAAGAAUUGGUAACAGCAGUUAAGUCUCAGACAAAACCUUUACGCAACUGAAAAAAAAAAACAAUAGUAGAAGACAUUUCGAACAACUUCCCUAAUUCGUCUCCCGUCCCUGACAACAAACAAUAACUGGAAAUCAGAGAUCUUAGUGAAAACGUGCAAUCCUACUUCCAAUUGCUCAAACUCCCGGUCGGUUUUACAUGCGCCACAUUUUCCUGAAUUCUAUUGUUUCAUCCCUUGAACGCGGUUCUGCUUGUUUCAAGACAAUUACUAUCGGUAACAGUAUGUUAUUGUUCCUUUGAAAGCAUUAAGUAGAUUUGAGAAAAUUUUAUUUCGAUUACUAAUAUCGUCCUGCUGGAACGCGAGACGAGAGAGCGUGUGUAUGUUGGAAGGGCAUGAAUGUGACAAUGUUAGUGAGAGACCAAGCGCGAGAAUCCCCUAGGAGACCCUUAAACAAAUAAACACAUACUUAGUGGAAGUCAAGUCGGAAACAGAGGAAAAUGUUAGACGACCUUUUGUUGUAUAAAUAUAAACUUUCUUACCGAAAUAAUUGCAGAAAAAUAUAGGAAACAAGUUGUGUGUGUGGAAUGCAGAUGGAGUAAACAGUGAAGACAGUAAACUUACAGGAGAGGGAAAGGGAACUGCGCGUAUGAUGUUGAUUACAAAAAAUAAGGCAUACAUAAACCAGACUUGUGACGGGCGCGACUGUGCGAAACUGUAAGGAAGAGACACACAGAGAGAAAUAAUAAAUUACUAUUAAUUUUGUAUUACGUCGUAUCUCAAUCACACACCCGACAGGACAGAAAAGAAAACAAAUAUCGACAAACAACAGGAAGAGGAAAUUAAAACAAAAUAAUCGCUAAAACACACACAUACAUACGCAUACCCAAAAAAAAAAAACAAGAGACUCAUAGAAUGUUCGCGAAGCGCUCGCGAAAGAGGGAGAGACAAAAAAGAGUUGUGGAAGAAGUAGAACUAGCUGAUGAUAAAAGAAAAAUAAAAUUGGUGAAAAACAAUACCGAGCAGCAUGAGGAGACGGAAACAAUAGAGAGGAAGUGAAAUAAAAAAACAUGCAAGAAACAAGUAACGCAAUGAUGAACAUAGUAAACACACACACACACACUUCUUGCAAAGGUAUCCAGCAUAUGAAAUAAAAAAAAUGCGGGAGAAAUAAAAAAUCCGAAAGAAAAAAAAACACGAAUGAGAAAAUACUAAAAAAAAAACAAAAUAAUAAUGAAAAAUAAAAUGUUAGUAAAACUAAAGUGUUUAAAAAGUAAUGAAAUAAUAUUAUAUAUAAUUAUUAAAAACAAAAAAAAAAACUAUAUAAGGAAUAAAAUUAUAUGAAACAAAUGAGAAAAACAA